ACUUCAGGUCCCUGCGCACUGACACACACACACACACACACACUCUCAGCUGUAUGGCAACAUGUCGCAGCACACUCUUGCAGUUCACCUGCAGAUCCUUCUGGCGGUGGGUCUAGCUGUGUUUUGCUACUGUCUGGUUCUCGGCUGUGUCCUUUGCUGUCGCAGAAAAAAAAGCGUUUCAUCGGAGGACAAGGAGGCCGUCUUCCUGUCUCCUCAUCCUGCAGAGAGAGUCACUUUGACUCCGGUGAAGCAGCAAUACGAGGAGCUGGAUGGAGACGUGUUGGAGUUCCCGUCGUCUAACAGCAUCUCUUCUCCAUCAGAGGACGAUUUCACCGCUCUGCUCUUUGACCCAAACCCCAAUAACCUGUUGCCAUCACCAUCUUCUUCUUUCCCGAUGCGUCGCCUCAGCACCCCGGCUGUCCCUUGCUCACCUAUAAAUAAAUCCCCGAGUCAUGGAAGAGCUUCCCUGCCCUCCCUCACUAAGUUGUGCAAGUCCAAGGGUCGGAGAAGCACCGUGAGUGGAGAAAGCUUUCUGUACAGCUGGAACAAAAUACCAGAAACAUGCAGCGGUCACCUGACACCUCCCAGCCACCAGGGGGAGCCAUAUUAUCCAUCCCAGUACGGCUCUAACUCCACUUUAAAACCAGCUCCUCUCCUCCACUUCACCCUGAUCUUCUCCUCCACCUGUGGCACCCUAAUGGUCAACAUCCUGGGGCUUUCGGGGGUCAAUCGAAGGCGUACGGGGGUGUUUGUUAGGGCUAGCCUACCCCCACUUUGCCCCUCCCCUCAGCGGACGACGUCCAGGCGCCGCAGCCUCAGCACGGAGCUCCACGGUCAGAGCCUGGUACUGCAGGUGGGCUCUGUGGCGGAGCUGCGGAGCUGCACCCUGAGGCUGUCGGUGUUCAGCCGGGAGUUCUCCGGCCUGAGGGAGGCGGCGUUGGGAUCGGUGGAGCUGCCCUGUGAAACGCUCGAGUGGGAACCGGAUAAAACUUCAACCUACACCCGGCAGCUCAACCCAACCAGAAGCAAGCUGAAGAAGAGUGUGAGCUCCCAGGAAACUCUGGGUCGCAGGAAGAGCUCGGUGUGUGUGCCGCGGGUUUUGGGCCAGCUGUUCGUUCUGCUACAGUUUCAGACUCUGGCUCAGCGAAUCAAAGUGAUGGUCAGGAAGGCAGAGAAUCUGGCAAAGCUCACACGCAUCCCAGGAGCUGCAGAGACCGACCUCAACUCCUUCGCUAAAGGUGUUUAG